AUGAUGAAUGGGCGGGCCGUAAGGUCCGUUCUAAUACGCAACAAUCGGCAGGAGAACGGAUCUGUGGACCAUGUCCCGCGCUCCAUACAAUUCGACGAGAGUUCCGAAGAAUACAGAUGCUUGUGCAAUUGCUUUCAUGUCAAGACGGGUGCCUUCAUAAUCGGUUGUGCACAUGUUCUAAUGAUCCUCUUCUUCCUUAUACAUAGUCUAUUCGUUUAUUUCCAACACGACGGAAGGUUACAGCAGGCUCGAGGUGUGAAAGAAAACUAUGUGUUCGGCUCCUUCCUCGCUGAGAUGAUCGGUCUCGGUUUGGGUAUUUUUGCAGUCUUCCUUCUUUUUGUUGCAUUAUCUCGAAACUCAGCUCUACUGGUGGUACCACAUCUUGUUAUGCAGGUUAUUGCCAUUCUCUGCUUCAUUUUGGUGUUGGUUAGUGGAACGAUAGCAUUGUGCACGGAUUCAGCGGUUUUCUAUCGACUAAUAAACGCGGCACCGUUCAUGGAACAUCCCAAUAAUAACACAGUGGCUUUGGAUACCGGAACCAUGGUUCGAAUCUACUCCCUCAUGAUUGUCUAUGCAAUCUCCUUAGCUCUGGAGUUCUGGUUUAUUGUUGUCAUCUACAACUGCAACAGAUACCUAGACGAGCGCAGUGACUACAUGAAAUACUGUCUAGCAUUCAGCACACCCAUGAAGACCCUCUCAGCCAGAUAG